CCCAGUGCCGAGACCCCUGUGUUUGUGUUGAAGGGACAGGAUGUUCGUCUGAUUGUCCAGACAAAUAUUACACUGGAAAAUAUUGAUGUGCUAUUUUGGAAGUUUGACACAACAAUCAAUGUUGCAAAGUACCCCCCAAAAGUAACCUUUGAAAGGUUUGAAGGUAGGGCUGAAAUUAGUGAGGGUACCCUCUCUCUGCUACUGAAGAACCUACAGGAAGGAGACAGUGGACCGUAUGAAGCAGUAGUGGCUGGUAACAAAAACACCAACGUUGCUACAUACAUGUUGGUAGUUCAAGGUAUGGUUGACAGUUUUUCUAUUUUAUUAUACAGUUACAGUAUCAAUCAAUAGAGCUAAACAUGGUGUUAUAGGUUAAAGGCUAAUUCUUUAGAUGCAUUGGUACUCUAGCUCAUGUACUCAGGUUAAUAUACGAACGAUAAUGGGUUUCUGUGUGUUUUCAGAAGAGGUUGAGCCUCCAGUCCUGACAGUGAACUCUGUCUCCUCCAUCAAUGGCACCUGUAACAUGACUGUGACCUGCAGAAAUCAGAACACCUCUGUCAUCUCCAUCUGUAACAACAGCACCUGCUCUCAGGUGGGAGGAGAGAGUAGAGGGGCUGAGACCUCCACUGUCCCCCUGCUCUCUGUCUAUGUGGCAGGGGGUUCCAUCAUCUGUAACCACAGCAACCAAGUCAGCUGGGCCAAAGACACCAAGGAGAUAGUGGAACUCUGUCGAAUGACACCUGGUAAGACAUGCUAACAAAUGAUCUCUCACACACACACACACACACACACACACACACACACACACACACACACACACAGAGAGAGAGAGUGUAGUGAUUUUGAUGUUGCUAUAUUUCCACACCAAGGGAACUACAACUCUGCUCUCACAGUCUGGACACCUGUCGGGGUUGCUGGUUUCGUUGGCACUGCUGCCCUGAUUGGUUUUAUUCUUUGGCGAAAGCAAAAAAAACGUAAGCUGCUGCUGCAUCAUAUUACAGUAACUUCCUUAAACUAUUGUGAAAACUGUUAAUGUCAUGAUGUGAUGAUUUCACAUUAUUUAUAGACCGUGUACUCAAAGCAACUCUGAAGAUCUUAGUUUUAAAUAUUUGUUGGAUUUUUAUGUGGUUGAUUUUAUAGGUGGCAAAGAGGAAAUUAUAAGCACAGAUUACGCCACAGUCAUGGUAAGAUACAUCAGAUAUUUAACAUCACUGGUACUGUGUCACUGUUGAUGACAUUUUUAGAAAAUGUCGUUAGUGGAAAACAUAUAAAUUCCAAAUGAACAAUAAACUCAUCUUAAUUUAAUGCGUAUAUGUAGAGCAUUGAACAGCCACUGAGAGAUAUUUAAUGUAUUGAUUGGAGGUCAUGUUAUACCUGAGUCACCAUUCAUAUUGCAGCUGUUAAUACGUUUUUAUUGUCCAGACUCCCGAUAACAGCCAAGCAGGUGGUGAAGAGCAGGUGUCUCCAGGUCCUGGUCCAGCAUCACUCACCAUCUACAGUACGGUGGGACCGCAACACCCCCAGCCUGUGAACCACCAGCCUCCGCCUGUUGACCUCCCCAUGUCCACCAUGUCCACCAUGCCCCCCAUGCCUGAGAGUUUAUAUGCUGUAGUGGAGAAAAAGACUAGCAAACAA